AUGUUGUACAAAAGCAUUUCACAUGCCAUUGAGCUGUACCGGCUAGAGCAGUCCGCUAAACAAUGCAAAGAAAUAUACAGCGGAAAGCCCAAGCCCGAGAAGGUCACUCUUCUCUGGCAUUUGGUGACCCUCUCCCGAUUCAAUAAAUACAACCCUCUCUUCACCACAUUUGCAGGAGUCUGGUCUGUCCUGCUUGCUGGAGCGUCCGAGCUUGUCGACCCGAACACAACCAUACAGCCCGCCUUCAUCUUUCGACAAGCUGCGCUAUGUUUCCUCGCCGCCUAUCUUUUUUGCGGUGCGGGCAUGGUGUGGAAUGACUGGGUUGAUCGGGACAUAGACGCGAAGGUUACGCGAACAAAGGAUCGACCACUGGCGUCUGGUACCGUUACCACGGUGGAUGCCAUGCUAUGGAUGGCCCUCCAACUGCUCAUGUCUCUGGCUGUUGUGCACAACAUGCUUGACGGAAAAGAUGUGUUCCGACACAUGUUCCCAGUAGUCAUCGCAUCAAUCAUCUACCCGUACGGCAAGCGACCUAUGGCACUGAAGCUUCGAAUCUAUCCCCAGUACAUUCUGGGCUUCACCAUCGCGUGGCCCGCGGUUCUUGGACGAUCGGCGAUUCACGGGCGGUACGAAUCGAUUGGCGACAGCAUCGGUUACUGUCUCCCUCUUUGUUGCAUGGUAUUCUUUUGGAUCAUCUACCUGAACACAGCCUACAGCUACCAAGACGUCAUCGAUGACCAGAAAAUCAACGUCAAUUCUUUCUACACGGUCGCGGGACGGCACUUUCACAGGUUUCUCUUGGUGCUCAUCAGCCCUAUACUGAUGUGUAUGCCUCUGUACCUCCUCAGGUUCGGCUCAUUGUGGCUCUGGUUCAGCUGGAUGGGAGUGUGGACAGCAUCUUUUGCCGCCCAACUGGUACACUUCGACCCUGAUCGGCCGGCAAGCGGAGGAGGCGUGCAUAGGAGUAAUUUUGUGCUGGGGGUAUGGACAAUUGCUGCUUGUGGUGUUCAGGUGCUUCUUAGUGAGAAGAAAGCUCUGGGGAUUCACGCAUAG